AGCAUCUGUUACAGCAGAUACAAUCGAAAACUACUCACAUCACUGAGAAGACCAACUUCAUCUGAUCAGCUGUAUUAAGUGAAAUUCAGUGAACUGAAGAUGAAGUGGACGGCUGGUGUGAAGUUUGGGCCGUCCAGAUCAGUCGUGGUUCUGGCUGUGAUUUUGGGAUUGCCUACACUGAGUCUUUGUAAAAGCUGUGAACUUAGCAAAACAUGCACAAGUAUUGUCGUGAUUGAUGGUGACUACACCGGACCAAUGGAGAUGCCAAACAGCACUUGUCCAAAUAACUCUGGGUCAUCAUUCAGUGACACAGUCUGUUUUUUUUCAUUUAACACAUUAGGAGACCUACGACAAGAGCUUGCUGAGGCACUGAAAAACAGUUCCACAUCCUACACAACACCUACACUAACAGUUUCCACGGCCAAGACAACAACAAAAAAUGGAAACCAAGGAAAAGGAGGGAAUUGGUGGUCUCAGAUUUGGUCUUGGUUGUGGAGAUCAGGAUCCCAGAAUAAUUCCCCUCAAACAUUAGUCCUGGAUGGGUCCAACACAACUGACGAGUACUCAGCUCGCAUAAUUAAGAUCCUGGAAGAGAUUAACAGUGCAGACAAAGUAAACAACUGUACAUAUGAAGACAUUGGUAUGUGGUUAUUAAAGAUAAACAGCACAUACCAUCUUAGAAUAACCAGAGAUGAAGAAAUCAGACCCAAGGCACAAAUUUGCUUCGUGAAGGGGAAAUGUAACAACACCUGGCAACAGAGGAUAGGAAAAAAGUUUAUACAAUGUGUGGGACCUAAUAAAACCUGUCAAACGGGAGGCUGUAAUGUUACCUGCCUGGAUCCCACCACAUUUUGCAACAACGCUGAAUACACUACCAACUGUGAAAGUUGCACUGCAAAUGAUGACAUCAUUGAUUUUAAAGAUACAGCACCAGUUUGUUCAAAAAUUGGGACACCUGUGCGACAACCAGAUCUACAGUUAGAGAUGAAUAGUACAGCCAUCCCCACAGGAACAGCGUCUGAAGCGAUCAAGAGUAUAACCUCCGGCGUUCUGAAAAUGAUGGGAGACAAGACCACCGCGUCUGUGACCGUGGGAGACGCGCAGGGUGUUUUUGUGAAGCCUAAAGAUCGGACUAAGUUGGAAGCCGUCUCGUUCAUCUACUCUGAAGAAACAAACCUCAGCAUCAUCGAAGAUACGAGUCAAACUGAAAAGUAUCCCACGGUGAUCUCGAUACCGAAGGAGGCUUUCGAAAAAGCAGCCAACAUAGACAACAUCACACUGUUCACAUCUGUGUUCAGAUUCCCCAACUUCACAAAGGAUGUGAAAAACAGCACAGUUCUGAAUAAUGAAGUCUAUUCUAUUGAUAUGGGAACAGAAAUCGUCAACCUGAUUAACACAAUUAACCUCAUCUUCAGGAGUGUGAAAAAGCAGAAAGAUGUCACUCCUCACUGUCACUCUUGGGAUGGAAAUGGGUCCCUGCCAAACUGGAUCACUGAUGGAUGCAGCACCACUGAAACUGGUGACACUGUAACCUGUGAAUGUGUACACUUGACCUUCUUCGCCGUGCUGAUGGCGCCCGACCCAACUGAAACCAUAUCCAGCACAGACCUAAGCAACCUCACCUACAUCACCUCCAUCGGCUGCGGACUGUCCAUCUUCUUCCUGGGCGUGGCCCUCUUCAUGCACUUCCUGUUAAGGAGAUCGAGACAGAGCGAUUCAGUGCACAUCCUCAUAAACCUGUUUGUGGCGCUGGUCCUGCUGAAUCUGACCUUCCUGACCAACGAGUACGUGGCGAACACGGGGAACCUAAUAGGCUGUAAGCUGAUGGCGGGCUUCAUGCACUACUGCCUGCUGACCAGCUUCACGUGGUUCGGUCUGGAGGCUCUCCACCUCUGUCUGCAGCUGGGCAGAAACUCCACACCUAUCAAACACUACCUCACCAAGAUCUGCAUCGCCGGCUGGGCUCCUCCUGCGGUUGUUGUCACCGUCGUCUUCUGUUUGCAAAAAUACAACCAACUAGUCAUUCAUGCUGACGACGGAAAGGAUGUGAAAAUGUGCUGGAUCACAGACUCUGCUGUCCAUUACGUGGUGAACAUCGGCUACUACUCCAUAAUCUUCACCUUCACCUUCACUACCUUUGUCGUCAUGCUGCGAUGGAUCUUCCUCCUCAAAGGCGCCACCUCGAAUCGCCAUGAACGACUCGCAGGCUCUGGUAAGCACAAAGGGACGGGCACCUCUGACGCCCUGACUGUAAUGGGCCUGUGCUGCACUCUCGGACUCACCUGGGGCUUCGCCUUCUUCGCCUACGGAGCCCUGCGCCUCCCGUCCUACUACAUCUUCACCAUCCUCAACUCCUUCCAAGGAUUCUUCCUGUUCAUUUAUUAUUACAAGACUAGCAAGUUUGUGGGGGACCAGAUGACCUCAGAGAAGACCAGCACUGCCACGGAGGCCACCAGCGUGGAGAACCCGUACGAGAGGCCGAAACCGCUUUAA